GCGGCCGCCACCCCCUUUCUUUCUUGCGUGUUCCCCUCGUCCCUCGUGGAGCAGAUCGUCGAGACCCAUCUCCGGCUAAUCGGAUGGCCUCCCGCCUCGCCUCCCGCCUCCUCCGCCGCCCAACCGCUGCCAACUCCAGCGGAGUCGGUUUCGUGUGCUACAAUGCUUGCCUGAUAUGGUAUCGUGCAUCCUGCAAACAAGCUCCAGUGGGCUCAUUUUCCAUUACUACAGUGCUGAGGAUUUCCUCUCCUGUUCGCAUAUUUGCCGAUUCUCUCUCUCAUCUCUAGCACUGUUCAUAGAGAAUGAACGUGGGUCCGAAAGGAGAGGGAGAGUAAUAGAAGAUAGGAAAUAGAGUAGUUGCUGAAGAUGGAAAAAAUAUGGAGUACUAUAAUAAUGUUAUGGGAUGCUGUAAUAGUGUUAUAUGAGACAAAUUUUUAGAGUAUUUGCUGAAGAUGGCCUUACACACCAUCCUUAGAGGAUGAGUUUUAUUUACAAGUUUUAUAGCAUUCGACCAUUGUUCAUUAUUCAUUCUAUUGUUUUCGCAACAUAUAUAGUUUCCUUUGUUCAAUUUUGUUUGUUGAUGUUAUGUCACUUGCAGACGUUAUGUUUCUUACGGAGUUACAGACAUGUCAGACAUUUUAGCACCCAGCUACUUGAAGGUGUUCCCAGAUGUUCAAAGCCAACACGUGGAUGCUAUUUCCUUCCAAAUGCUUCACCUUAUCAACUUUGGAGUAGAUCAUUUGCAUCUGAGAAUGGUGAUUUGGUCGAAGCUGUUGUGCCCUUCAUGGGUGAAUCCGUAACUGAUGGAACCCUUGCAAACUUCCUAAAGAAACCUGGUGACAGAGUUGAAGCUGAUGAGCCUAUAGCGCAGAUUGAAACAGAUAAGGUUACAAUAGAUGUUUCCAGUCCAGAAGCUGGGGUAAUUGAAAAGUUCAUUGCUAGUGAAGGCGACACUGUUACUCCUGGUACCAAGGUUGCUAUCAUAUCUAAGAGUGCUGCUCCAACCGAGGCCCAUAUUGCACCAUCUAAAGAGACCUCCCAGAAGGAGACCCCUCCACCACACCCCGCAGAGAAAGACAAGGUUGAGGAGAAAUCACCAAAAGUACAACCCAUCAAAACCCAGGAACCGAAGCUAACCACCCCACUGCUAAAAUCCUCCCCUUCGGAACCUCAGCUCCCUCCGAAGGAAAGAGAGAGACGGGUACCCAUGCCGAGGCUCAGGAAGCGUAUAGCAAAUCGCCUGAAGGAUUCCCAAAACACUUUUGCAAUGUUGACUACAUUCAACGAAGUUGACAUGACUAAUAUGAUGAAGCUGCGUUCUGAUUACAAAGAUAAGUUUGUUGAGAAGCAUGGUGUCAAGUUGGGUCUGAUGUCCUGCUUUGUUAAGGCUGCUGUUUCUGCCCUUCAAAAUCAGCCAAUUGUUAAUGCCGUCAUUGACGGUGAUGACAUCAUAUACAGAGACUACAUUGAUAUUAGUGUUGCUGUUGGCACUUCCAAGGGUCUUGUUGUGCCUGUCAUUCGCGAUACUGAUAGAAUGAACUUCGCGGACAUUGAGAAGGGGAUAAACAACCUUGCAAAGAAAGCAAAUGAGGGAGCACUUUCAAUUGAUGAGAUGGCAGGAGGAACCUUCACCAUCUCAAAUGGCGGCGUCUAUGGAAGCCUUAUCAGCACACCGAUCAUCAACCCCCCACAGUCAGCAAUUCUUGGAAUGCAUUCCAUUGUUCAACGCCCUGUGGUUGUGGAUGUCAGCAUCAUUGCCAGACCAAUGAUGUACAUUGCACUGACAUAUGACCAUAGGUUGAUCGAUGGCAGAGAAGCUGUUUUGUUCUUGCGCCGCAUCAAGGAUGUGGUUGAAGAUCCGCGGAGGUUGCUCCUUGACAUAUAGUUUCUUACAAGAUCUGCGGAGGUUGCUCUUGACAUAUAGUUUCUUACGUCAUUGCUGGGAUACAAUCAUCUGCUCUUGUUUUCUAAAUAAUUACAAAAUUUUGACUCUGUAUCAGUUGCUUUGCCGGCCUCAGAAUUGUAUAAGAGAGCGCAACAGAACUUGUUCUUUUUUGUCUUUCAUGUAUUAUUACUGGAUGGGAUGUAGUUCCCUGAACAUGUUCUCAUUCCACAAGAGCAAACUAUGACACUUUUGGUCAAAUAUUAUGAACUAUUAUUAUUUCUGAA